GUCAAAGUCCGCCCUUGUAGCCAAAGUACAACUUAGGUUAGGAAGGUAGGCAGGCACGCGUCGCCGGCAGGUCUCGCUCGUUCCCUCCGCUCUCUUCUCCGGCCUAUUUUAUCCGGUGAACAGCCAUGGAAGCUGCCCGCAGGAGACCGGAGAAAACUCCGACUCUGGAAGGGCCUGGGCCUCAACAUCAGCGUCGGCAACUCCAUCACUCGACGACGAAAGCUGUGGAUCAUCAUAAUCAUACUCGUCCACCGACUCCACAAGCCUCAGAUGCUCUUCCCCUCCCUCUUUACCUCACCAAUGGCAUCUUCUUCACUCUCUUCUUCUCCGUUGCUUACUUCCUCCUCCACCGCUGGCGUGACAAGAUCCGCACUUCUACCCCUCUUCACGUCGUGACCUUUUCUGAGAUCAUUGCUUUAUUCUCCCUCAUCGCUUCCUUCAUUUACCUUCUCGGCUUCUUCGGCAUUGAUUUUGUUCAAUCCUUCAUCACUCGUGCUUCCCAUGAGGCUUGGGAUGUCGAAGACGAGCAGUUCCUCAUCGAAGAAAAUACUCGUCGUGGCCCUUGCCCUGCUGCCUUGGACUGCCCUCUCCCUCCUUCUAUUGCUGCCCCUGCUCCCAAGGUUGUCGAUCCGGCACUCAUUAUCACGCCGAUGCCUGAAGAAGACGAGGAUGUAAUCAAAUCGGUUGUUGAUGGAACAAUUCCCUCUUACUCGCUAGAAUCAAGGCUUGGGGAUUGCAAACGUGCGGCGACAAUACGCCGUGAGGCGCUGCAGAGGAUGAUGGGGAGAUCGCUCGAUGGAUUGCCACUGGAAGGGUUUGACUACGCUUCCAUAUUGGGGCAAUGCUGUGAGAUGCCAGUUGGGUAUGUUCAGAUUCCUGUGGGAGUCGCAGGUCCUUUGUUGCUUGACGGAAGGGAGUAUACAGUACCUAUGGCCACCACGGAGGGGUGCUUGGUGGCCAGUACCAACAGGGGUUGUAAAGCCAUUUACGCAUCUGGUGGUGCCACCAGUGUGUUACUCAGAGAUGGGAUGACUAGGGCGCCGGUUGUGAGGUUUGGCUCUGCUAAAAGGGCUGCAGAGUUGAAGUUCUUUCUGGAAAAUCCUGUCAAUUUCGAGACUUUGGAGGUCGUUUUCAACAAAUCUAGCAGAUUCGCAAGGCUUCAAAGCAUCCAAUGUGCGAUGGCUGGGAAGAACCUUUAUGUGAGAUUUAGCUGCAGUACUGGGGAUGCUAUGGGAAUGAAUAUGGUAUCCAAAGGCGUCCAGAAUGUCCUUGACUUCCUUCAGAAUGAUUUUCCUGACAUGGAUGUCAUGGGAAUUUCUGGAAAUUUCUGUUCGGAUAAGAAGCCAGCUGCAGUGAACUGGAUAGAAGGGCGUGGUAAAUCUGUAGUCUGUGAGGCAAUUAUCAAAGAAGAGGUGGUAAGGAAGGUAUUGAAGACCAAUGUCUCUGCACUCGUAGAGCUCAACAUGCUCAAGAACCUUGCUGGGUCGGCAGUGGCCGGUGCUCUGGGUGGCUUCAAUGCACAUGCGAGCAACAUAGUCUCUGCAGUAUACCUAGCAACUGGCCAAGAUCCGGCCCAGAAUGUAGAGAGCUCUCACUGCAUCACCAUGAUGGAACCCGUUAACGAUGGAAAGGAUCUUCACAUCUCUGUAACCAUGCCUUCCAUUGAGGUGGGUACAGUUGGUGGUGGGACACAGCUUGCAUCUCAAUCAGCUUGUCUUAACUUCCUUGGUGUGAAGGGUGCGAACAAAGAUUCGCCUGGAUCAAAUGCAAGGCUGUUGGCCACCAUUGUUGCUGGCUCCGUGCUUGCUGGGGAGCUAUCCCUUAUGUCUGCUCUGGCAGCUGGGCAGCUUGUUACGAGUCACAUGAAGUACAACAGAUCAAGCAAGGACAUCUCCAAAGCUGCUUCUUAAGACAAGGAGGAAAGAAAGCAUGACACAGAGAGAGACAAAAAUGUCAUUAAGAUUAAUAGAAUUUUUUUGGGGCCAUGGGAAAUUUUAAAACACAAAAAAAGGGUUGAAAGAAUUUUUUUUUUUUUUUUCCUUUCUUUAAUCUCAGGGUUGGAGGAGUUCGCUAAAACAGAGAAGGCUUGAGAAAGAAAACCUGGGCUAGUUUCUAUUCUUUGUAUUGUUUCUUCUUUCAGACCAUGUGAAUUUGUUCUCUUCAAUGAGCCAGCCUGGAGAGAAGAGAGUGGGAGGGUGGUGGGAAUUAUAUAUGUAUGGUGAGGAAGGAGGAGGGGUGGGAGAGAGGGAAGCUACAAAGUGAGGAUGGCAAGCGGCAAAGUAGCACUUGGAGAGGUUGUGUUGGUUUGUAUUCUGUUAAAGGCCUUGGGAAUCAUGAGGAGAGGGUCUCAGAACUCAAAAGCUUUGGGAUCUGUGUGUGUGUGUGUGCCCAAAUUGUGAUGUGUUUCUCUAAUAUUUCUAUUAUUUGUUUUCAGCUUGUAUCUAGAAAGACAUCUAAGAUAGAAUUUCAUUGUUAUCUCUAGGUUUCUUGAAUUCUUUUUCUUCUUUUGCCGAGCUGUAUGGAUUGUAUUAUUUUACAAAUUUUUUUUUUCUUUUUUAA